AUGUUUGCAACAAGACAUGCGAUAAAGAUGCAAACAACGCGUUUGGUAGGACGUCAAAAUGGUGUGCGAGGUGCUCCAUGGCAAGGGAUGAGCAUGGUGCAAAGUAUGCGGUUCAUGGGACAACAAGAAAGAAAUGUAUGGAACACGUCUUUAAAACGUACUGUAACACUGGCGGCAGUGGGUAGUGUGGGAUUAAUGGGUAUUGUGAUACUGGGACCCUUUAUCCUGGUUGGUAUCGGUGGAUUAGGAGCCGUGUUAGCAUUUCGGUUCUGGCGAUUUAAAAGACAGUUUGAAUCGGGUCGAGGAAAUGAUAAUUGGUCUGGAUUUGUUCAAGGUGUGUUUGAAAGACAACAGCAGGUGUUUGGUAAAGAGAAACGCAAGGUAGAAGGAGAAGCGUUGGGCAAAUUAAAACAAUGGACAGAGACGGAGCAAGGCAGAGAUUGGCUUAUCCAGCAUGGGAUGCAUCCACAACGAAUGAUUGAGAACGUAUCUAUGCGAGGAUCAUCUUUUAAGUUGGUUGAUGGGAGUAAGAAUAUCAAGAUUGAAUUGGAUUUGGGACAAUCAGGAUCUGUAUUGAUUGCAGUGGCGGAAAUGGAUGUGGAAGGCAAUGUAUCCUUGACAGAUAUUAAGUUGAUGACAAUGACAGGCGAGCGUAUUCGAAUCCCACUUCAACAAAAUGGCGGAGGAAGAGUGAUAGAAGGUGAAUUCCACGAUGUGUAG